UUUAUACUAUAUCCAUUAAAGAGCACUUCCUUAGAGAUGACAUUAUUUAUGACAACGUAGGCGUAAAAAAAGGAAUUUUCUUAUUUCAGGAAUACUGUUAUACGAAUCAAAAAUAGUUGGCAGCAAAUAAUAAAUACCAUGGCUCUUCACUUUAGUGCAAACCAGUAUGAACGGAAUUUUAAGCCAACGCUUUUGCAGAACUGGGAGGUUCCAAGAAGAUACAGAGAGAAAAUGAUUGAAAGAGGGAUGCGGGACACCAGACCCAGGGCCUUUGUUGGGUUCACACAGAUCAUUGCCAAUGAUAAAGGGCACCUGAUGCAAGGUGUGAAGAGGUCUCGAGAGUCACCAUGGGGAACGUUUGUUGGAACAUGGGAUCUACCCUUAAAAAUACCAGGUAACAACAUGACCAACUCAACAGCACGUACAGAGAAUGCAGUCCUGCGAUUGGACCGUAUCAAGACAGACGGAGACAUUGUUUUGGGUGGAAAACUCAAACAAUGCAAGGUUCCAUCACCACUCCCAGUGAAAGCUGACAUUGACGCCGACAAGACACUGUCCCCAAAAGCUGCAGGUGCAACCACAGAGUUGAGAGCUUCUGGCACAGGCAUGCGCUCUGGCGCCCAGGCACCAUUGCCCAAGUCCUCAGUGGAACUCCCUGCCUCCCCCGGUAUAAAUGCCAAACCAGUUACUCCAAACAUUGACUGGCCGCGGCCGGCCUCUCAGGGCAGUCGUGCAAAGUCCGCCAGUCCAAAGAUGGCCGCCAUUAAGUCCCCCCUUCCUGCAAUCCCGUCUCCCAAGCCCGCCUCAGCUGCAAGGGCAGGCACCCCUGCCAAGGGUCUCGAUUGGCCUGCGCCAAAGGCAGAGGAACCCGUAGCUGCAUAAGUGUUUUAUGUUUAUGUUCCUUUAUGAUGUUGUUCACUGGAGACAGAAGGGAAGGGAAUCAUUUUUUGUUAAGUUGUUAGUGUUCUCUUUAUGGAAAUGGAUUUUGUAUUUUAAUAAAGGUGGUUAAAGCUUUGAUUUCUUACAGUGAUUGAAGAAAUAAUGUAAUUAUUUUGGGAAAUGGUUAUAUGUUGUAUGUGGAAUAAUUUGUUAAUGUUUAUAGUCAACUAACAUCAGGUGAAAGAUUGUUUACAUAAUUUUUAGUGCAUAAUGAAAUUUGCAAUUGAUACAGUUUUGCAUUUAUAUUGAUCUUGAUGUAACUAGUUACUGUUAGUACUCUGAGUUUUGUGGACACCCUAAUUUUAAGCCAAAAUAAAAAACUUGGGGGCUCGAAAGUUAAUCUGACCUUCAUGUACCUGCCCUACUUUUCCUGGCAAUUUUAGUAGAAACAAUUACCUUUUUUGCCUAAAUACUAAACGUUGUGGUAUUUACAAGUGCAUGCUACCAUGAUCACAACAUUCUACAACGGAAUAUAGGAGCAUCCAAUGCAUUAUUUAUAUUUUCAGUGUGACUCUAAAUUUUUAGACAUUGUAUUUUUGGGUAUAUAUUUUAGUGUCUAUAUUUUCAGACACAAAAACAAUAAGUAUUUGAUAUUUAGUAAUUACAGUUAAAGAGCAUGUAAAAAAAUUAAUGGUGGAGAAGAGAAAACAAUGUGUUUGAAAAUGCUUCUUUACAUAAGUAUUGUUGUAUUUACAAAUUAUAUUGGAAAUAAGUUACACAUACAAGAAACAUGUCAUUGAUAUUUUACAGAAUUUUCCCUUCCAAAUCAAAUAUGUGCCUUGUCAAGUGGAAAAAUCAAAACUGGAAUGUUUACAUGUUAUUGAUUGUUCAAGGGUGUUUUAAUUUUUAAUCUAAUUUAUUUACCACUAUGCUUUUAGAAUUGUAGAGGUAUUUCUGACCAACUAAUGCCAUUUCUUUCCAAUAGGUUUCUUGAAGUCGGUGGGGCAGGGUAAAUAUCAUCGCGUGGUAUGCAAGGGAAUUUAAGCUGUCCUUUCUUUCAAUAUCUUAAUUCUUUUUGUGCAGAGAAAAGCAUGCAUUUUCAUCUCAUCUUUCCCUGUGGUCCUAUCUGGGACAGCUGACCAUCUUCUUCCAGGCAACUCGGUUCUGGUCAACUUGCUCCAGCUGUUAAAGAAUGAAUUUGUCAAAAUUUGUUGACUCGUUAUUGAAACCUUUUUGAUUGGUAAAUUAGAGCAUUUUUAUUAGUUUUCAACCAUCAUGUCUAAAAUGGUUGUAAUAUCCAGACAACUUGCAUUUAUGUUAGAUAAUUAUAUGAUACUGUGUGAUUUAUUCAAUUAACAGACAGCUGAAACAUAACUUGUAGUAUUCAUCAUACAUGUAUAUGUAUUUAAAUAUUGAUUGUUUGAGAGGUAACUUUUAAAUUCAGCUCAUACCAAAAUGACCUAUUGAUUUGCAAGCACUCAGCCAAGAACCAACACUUUUUUGUGAGGUAUUCAGGAAUCACAUGCAAGGCACUGUGUUUGUGGCCUCUACCUCAGAACUUGGCAUUGAUUGUUUGCUGCGCACAGUGGGAUUGGUUUGUUCAGAAUUUGGUUGAGUGAUGGAAAUGAGGAUUGCGCUUUGCACUAAGACAAGCACACCUUAUGAAAGUUAGGCUGUCUCCAAUUUGCUUUGAAAACAUAAAAAGAAUUAAGACACUGUAUUUGAUCUUUGAUUUAAUGUUUGGCAAUUUUGCAGUAGAAAGAUUGAAAUUAUCCAGGCUCUUGUAAAACAGGGCUUAAUGCAUGUGCUUAAAGUGCCGUCUCAAUUUAGCCUGUGCAGUCUGCUCAACUCAUCAUUGACGACAUAUUCUAAUUAACAAUUAAACUGAAAUAUAGAUUGCAUUCCACUUGCAGUUGGUAGUAGGUGACCUCCCAUUUGUUAAAUCUUUGUCCUAACUUUCAGCAAACCAAAGUAGGGUAAAUAAUGUUAUAUUUUACCUAUUGAAACAAAUAAUCACUGAAUAAGCAUGGACGAUUUUGUAACUCUUAUUUGUAAUUAUUUUAUUUUAAUUAGAGACUUUAUGGUCAGGGCCCGUAUUCACCAAAAAAUUCUUAGACCUAAGUCUAAGAAUAAAGAAAAUUCUUUAAAUUAUAAUAUUCAAUAAUUUCUUUAAUUUUGAGUCAAACUCUGCAGUAAACAUCGCUAUCUAUAUUAUUCUUCAUUUAGAACAUUUUGUUAAUGACAUACGCACCAGUUGAGGCCUGUAUAUAUUCAAACACUGAAUGCAUUUUUCUUGGUUCAAAGUCUAUUCUUUAUUCUUAAGUCUAAGAAUGGGUUGGUGAAUACGGGCCUGUAGCUGUGUUCUGCACAGUAUAUUUAUUUUGCACAUUGUUGUUUGCAUGCACAUUAUUAUUUUUUUUAUUGGUCACCUAACAGUACACAGUUUUAGUAGUGCAUUGUUUGCUUGUUGUGAAAUAGGAUGGGGGCCUAAUUGUUGUUUGGUUGUUUGUUCAAAUCAUGUACAGUGAGUCAUGAGAACGUGUUUUUGUGAUGCUGUUAUAUUCUACAUUUAAGCACAUUUCAACUGUGUGUUUUUAAUCAAGCGACAACACAAGAACUGUUAUUUAACUGACCAUCCAAUGUUAUGAUAAAUUGUGAAGACACUUGACAAAAACAAAGCAUACCUGUGAUAGAUAUUGUUGUUAAAAGCAUUCCACAUUAUUCCUUAACUGUUACUGGCUUUUUUAAAAUUAAAUAUGCUUUUUAUUUUAAUGCAUUUCUCAUGUUGAAUUCCAUCUAAAAUGCAUGUGUAGUAUAGUUCAAUGAUGUGAAAAAUACCCUUUUUAUUAUAUUGUUACUGUUUUUAAAAGUAAGCUUUAAAGCAUGCCAUAUUUUGAAUUUAAGCUUUUGAUAGUAUAUUUAUAUAUGUUGCAUGUUAAUACUCUUGUUCCUUUAGUAUUUUUUGUAUAUUCUUUCACAAUUUCGAAAUUUUCUAAAGAAUGUUAAAAAUCUAUUGCUUCACUUUCACACAGUGACAAUAAUGAUCACAUGAAACUUUGCAAGAAAGAGACAAGUUAAAUAUUGGAUCAAAUUUAGAUUGUUUAACCUUGGAGUGUGAAAGAGUGUUGGACUUUGUUCAAGCAUUACCGUAUACAUUUGUCUUAUUAAACAUUUGACAGUUUCCAUAUAUUGUUCAUUGAUUAAUUCAAAUUGUAUUGCUAUUUUUAAAAACUAUUUACAUACACUUCUUUCUUGUGUUAGUCACACAAUAGUUCACAAUUACAUGUUAUUUUUUGUCACUUGAUAGUUGUUUACAUUUAUAUGAGAUUUGUUUUUGAAUAACCAGAUGUAGCUGAAGUGUUUACUGGUAAUUAUGAACCAAUUAAAAAAAGGAAUAAAUAAUCAUCAACGGACUUUGUAUAACUUUCUUCUUCAUGUCUUUUAUGCUUACUAUUUCUUAACAUCAUUCACGAAAAUGAGAAAAAAGUUUUUGUUUGACCCAACACUUUUGGAUUUAUAAACAAGCUUGUUGAAGUCAAUUUUCUUUUCUUGAUUGGUCAAUUGAAUAUGCUUGUAUGUGUUUACAUAAUCAUAUAUGUACAUGAAUAUUUACUGUUAACUUUAUGUGAUUAAAAUUAGAAACUUU